AUGUUCGCUUACGGUCUUAUCAUCAUUGCUGUCCUUUCCAAGCAUGGGAGCAAACAGAUAGAACGCUGCCGAAACGGAGUUAUUGCUACAAUGGAUCCAGCUACGGUUUCUGGUGUUCUCGCAAUCAUUGUUGAGAUCAUUAAGACGACAACGACGACGAUCAGAUUCUUGAACGACCUAAAACAUGCCUCAAAAGAGCUGGCUCUUCUCUCCUAUGAGGCUGCCAGUCUCCUGCUGCUUAUGACAAAUCUGCGAAGUAGACUCGAAGAAGCAGAUCGACCAGAGUGGAAGACAUGGUCCGAAGGCAUCUUAAUGCUCGGUGCCAAGAAUGGGGCCUUGGACCAGGUUCACACGGCCAUGGAAGAGUUGUCGACGAAGCUGGACAAGAUGUCAAACAGAUCAAAGAUGACCAAUACCCUGAUCUGGAAAUUGGAGAAGGAUGACUGCACAGCGAUUUUGGGGCGGAUAGAGCGCUCUAAGACUGUGAUCAGCCUUGCUCUUCAGGGAGAUCAGCUGGCACUUUUGAGGACUAUAAAAACCGACACUAUCACAAUGACUGAGCAAGCCCAAGCAAUACAAACCAGUGUGCAAAUAUUGCAAGAAAGCCGGGAAGGCGAAAGGACUCAGGCUAUGAAAGAGUGGAUGUCACCACUCGAGUUCAAAGUGAAGCAGCAAACCCUUCUUUCGAAGCCACAACCAGGCUCCGGAAAGUGGUUUUUGGAGUCUCCCGAAUACCUGAACUGGUUCGAUAACUCUGGGAGCAAUGUGCUUUGGUGUUCAGGUAUCCCGGGUUCCGGGAAGACUAUAUUGUCAUCAAUUAUCGUUGAGGAUCUCCAAAAAAAGCUAAAGAGGCAAAGUUUGAAUUCUGUUGCUUACGCCUAUUGUGACUACAACGACCGUGAGGUGCAAAGUAUUGAGAACAUUAUUGGCUCAUUGUGGAGACAAAUUGUCCAUUUGGACCAACACGGCGUGUCGAAACUGCAGGAUCUCUACAACCGCCGCAUGAUCGAGGAUCGUGGAGCCCGACCGACGCUUCAGGAGUUGUCUGGCGCACUUCGCGUUGAAGUCAACAGACAUGUCAAGACCUUCCUCGUGAUAGAUGCACUUGAUGAAUGUUCGGAAGGAGUUAGGGCCGGCCUGCUUCACGAAUUGAGUCAAUUGCCAGAAACGGUACACAUCCUGAUAACUUCAAGAUCCAGACAUGUUCCCCCUGAGUUUCAGAACGCUACGUCACUAGACAUAAAAGCUCACGAAGAUGACAUCACAAGUUAUGUCGUUGAUAGGGUUCAGACGGCGAGGCGGCUUUCGGCUUGGGUUAAGGGCAAAGUCUCGUUGGUCAAACAGAUUGUUUCUAGUGUCUUGAGACAUGCGAAGGAUAUGUUUCUACUGGCCAAACUCUUUAUGGACUCCCUAUGCAACAAGUUAACACUGAAAGGCGUCCUAAAGGCGCUUAAGUCAAUACCGAAUGACUUAAAUGCAACGUACGAUGAAGCCAUGGCGCGAAUAGCGCGACAGAACGAAGAGGAAAGGAACCUGGCCUACCGAAUAUUAUACUGGGUGACCCUGGCUUACCGCCCUAUCACUGUCCAAGAGCUGUGUCAUGCGCUUGCUUGCGAGCCAGACGAAGACGAAUUUGAUAACACCAAUUUGAUCAGCGAGGAAGACAUCAUCAGCGUCUGUGCUGGGCUUGUGACAAUCGAGCCACACACAAAUAUCGUCAGGAUGGUUCAUUAUACCUGUCAGGAGUAUAUGGACAAGAUCCUCAAUGAUCGAUUCCCCGAAUCGUACCAAGACUUGGCGAGGACCUGCCUGACAUAUCUUACCUAUCAAUCGACAAAAGCGCGCUUCAAGGGCCACCGGUUCUCAAUAUCGACCAAGGGAACUGUCCAGAUCGAGAAGGUGGACAUCGCGUAUGAGGAUGCCUUACCUGAGAUGGGAACCUACGAAGCGGCUUUUCACUGGAGCGUCCCACGGUACAACGACGAGGGCGAGCUUUUAGCCUUCUACCAGUAUGCCAUCCAGUAUUGGGCGUGGCAUCUGCGCGAAUGCACGGAGCAGGAAGAUCUGAUCCCCGAUGCAUUGAAAUUCUUUUCUGAAUGGAGAUAUUGGUAUCCCAUCUUGAGCACCGUUCGAGCCAAGUGGGUGAUUCACAUCAGAUCAGCCAUAGACGUGAUCGCGGCGUAUCAGCUGGAGCAGGUAUGCACCGAGGUGGUGGGUCGUCCUCUGGCAUACGACAAUAUGUCCAAGCUGUUGCAAUUGCGCACAACACUAAACCCGGAGCCGCCAGAGCCAUAUCCAGAGGCCGGAUUGUUGGUCGCAUCCAUGCUCGGACGAGCUACCAUUCUGAAAAUUCUUAUCGAAAAGUCAAGGUCAAAAAAGGCCCUGGGGAGAAAGAUCGACAGCGAGCUUUUCGGACGUCUUCUGCAUGCAGCUGCUUGGUCAGGCAACCCGGCAGCGGUCGAGGAGCUUCUUCAAUACAGCCCCCUGACGGAUGAACACUCCUCCUCAGAGGCCCCGGUGCAGACGCCAUUCGUACAGGACGCGGUCAUCGCGGCGCUGUCUCGGCACGGCCUGCAGCCCACGAUCCCACUGAUCUGUUCUGUCGGCUCCCCGGCUUCUAUCCCCAUCGCGAUAGCGGCUGGCCUGCCUAUCGACGCUGUCGAUCCUCAGUUUGGACGCACCGGCCUUAUGUUUGCCGCCGAGCGAGGCCGGGAACCGUUUGCGCAGGCCCUGCUCACAGCGCCGGUUCCCGCGGACGUCAAUCGGAAGAGCUUUCCUGGCUUCACACCGCUGCACUAUGCUGUUCUCAGCGGACAGUUUGACGUUGCGAAGCUGCUAGUAGAUGCCGGCGCAGAUCGGAAUGCGAAAGAUAACCUCGACAGGACGCCACUGAUGUAUGCAGGGAAUUAUGGUCGUCGAUGGCCGGGCAAGAUGCCUGGUGACUUUCCUGACAUUACACCAGUCCAGAAGCGAUGGGAAGAGGUAGUGGAGCUACUGGGCGCCAAAUGGGGCCAUGUUGUCCAGUUCAAGGGGGAAAUAGAAAAGCCGGCCAGUGGCUCUUAG